AUGUUUCUGCUCCUGCUCCUCCUGGUGGCUGUCCUGCCAUUCAGCACUGAAGGAGGGAAAAUCUUUUGGGGUACAGAAGCCAAACGCCACUCCCAUCCCUACAUGGCAUUCUUAGAGAUUUAUAAAAAUGGAUCACAUCCAAAGACAUGUGGUGGCUUCCUGGUCGAAAAAGACAUCGUAAUGACAGCAGCUCACUGUAAUGGAAGUGAAAUAAAUGUAACGUUGGGUGCCCACAAUAUUAAGCAACGGAAAAACACUCAGCGCAUCCCUGUUGUUAAAGCCAUAUGGCACAAGGGCUAUAAUCGUGAUACAAAGGUCAAUGACAUCAUGCUACUGAAGCUGAAACACAAAGCUCAACUCAGUAAUGCUGUGAAGACCAUUGACCUUCCAAAGAGCCAGGACUGGGUGAAACCUGGGCAGGUGUGCACAGUGGCAGGCUGGGGACGACUGGCCGAUUGUAGUCUACCUAACACACUUCAGGAAGUAAAGCUAGAAGUUCAAAAUAGCCAAGCAUGCCAAGUAAUGUCCAGAUACUACAACAACUCCAUCCAGCUCUGUGUGGGGAAUCCCAAAGAGAAGAAGGCUACUGGUAAGGGAGAUUCUGGGGGACCUUUUGUAUGUGACAAUGUGGCCCAGGGUAUUGUCAGUUAUCACUUUUGUACCAAGAAACCUCCUCGGGUAUUCACCAGAAUCUCAAGCUUUAUUCCUUGGAUUCGGGAAACAAUGAAAGUCCUGCAACAAUCCUAG